CACACCUCAAUACUCUCCCACACGCUCUCAAGCUCUCACCAGCUUCAAGCCUUUCGGCUUCCCAAAUCCAUCAAACGGCAUACUGCAAAAUAUUCGCGAUCAUACUAACCGGACCUCUUAACUGAGUCCUCCACAGCGUCAAAUCGACAAACCACCAAACAUUCCCAGCGGAUAUGGCAACUGCAUCAGUAUUCACCCCCAUCAAACAACGCCGUGAUGGCAUCUUCUCCACCCGCCUCGCCGGUGGCCGUGCUGCCCUCACUCCCUCUCCGCAGACGCCCAAGGUCCAGGCCGUCGCAGAGGUCGGAGAGAGCAUCCACCAUGGCAACGUCAACUUGAUCUCCCGCUUCUCCCGUUCCGUGUCCAAGACGAACGUCCGAGACUCGCCCAAGUCCAACAUCGCCGCCCGUCAGCCACUGUCGCCUCGCCGCCUCGACAACACCGCGAGCGACUUCACCCUCUCUGGCACCGGCGCCCGCCCAAGCACCGCGACAUCAGCCAAGAACACCCCUUCGCGUGCUCGAUCUGGACGAUCUGGCUCAACUCACCGCACUCCCAAGCGCAGCCAGGGCAAGAUCAACUACACCGCCGCUGACCGCUUCAUCCCCAACCGGGAUGCCAGCGAGGCCAUCUCCUCCUCGGGCGCUGCCGUCAAGCUCGACAACGAACGCACACCUGGACGUCGUCCCAAGUCAAGCGCAGGUCAAGAAAGCUCUGCCACGCUUGCCGCCAACAUCUCCAGCUCGUUCGACCUCGGCCGCCCACAAUCCUCUUCCGAUGCUACGGCAUCGCUUUCUCUCGACGGCCUCAACCUGAACGACGAUGAGGAUGACGAGCCAAAGACAAAGCAGAGCCCAAACACCAUUGCUUACCAGCAGUCGGUCGCUGAAGCCUGCGGUGUUAGCAUGAAGCAGCGCAUUCUUGCGUUCAAGCCUGCGGCACCAGAGUCGUCCCGUCCUAUCGACCUUCGCUCUCAAUACAACCGUCCUCUCAAGCCCACCGCCGCCUCCGCCUCGGCAUCUCGCCGCCGUGUCCUCACCGCGCCUGAGCGCGUUCUUGACGCUCCAGGUCUUGUGGACGACUACUACCUCAACCUUCUCGACUGGUCUUCCGGCAACCAGGUCGCCAUCGGCCUCGAGCGCAACGUCUACGUCUGGUCGGCCGAGUCCGGCUCCGUUUCCAGCCUGCUCGAGUGCCCAGCCGACACAUACAUCGCCUCCGUCAAGUGGAGCGGUGAUGGUGCGUAUGUCGCUGCCGGUCUCGGCACAGGUGAAGUUCAAAUCUGGGACGUCGAGGACGGCACCAAGCUCCGCUCCAUGUUCGGUCACGACACCCGCGUCAGCGCUAUGGGCUGGAACAAGCACAUCCUCUCCACCGGCGCCCGCUCCGGCCUCGUCUACAACCACGACGUCCGCAUCGCUCAGCACAAGGUCGCCGAGCUCGUGUCCCACACCUCGGAGGUCUGCGGUCUUGAGUGGCGCGCCGACGGAGCCCAGCUCGCGACCGGCGGUAACGACAACCUCGUCACCAUCUGGGACGCCCGCGCCCUCAAUGCUCCCAAGUUCCAAAAGACCAACCACCACGCCGCCGUCAAGGCCAUCGCCUGGUGCCCAUGGCAAUCCAACCUCCUCGCUACUGGAGGAGGUUCCCACGACCGCCACAUCCACUUCUGGAACACCACCUCCGGCGCACGCGUCAACAGCAUCGACACCGGCAGCCAAGUCACCUCUCUUCGAUGGAGCAACACCUACAAGGAGCUCGUCUCAUCGUCCGGCUUCCCUGACAACUCGCUCUCCAUCUGGAGCUACCCUACCCUCGUCAAGAACAUCGAGAUCCCAGCCCACGAGUCUCGUGUCCUGCACUCGGCGCUCUCGCCUGAUGGUCAGAUGCUCGCUACUGCGGCUGCGGACGAGUCUCUCAAGUUCUGGAAGGUGUUUGAGAAGAAGCCUGGUCAGGGCAGCUUGAUCGGUGGCACCUCUGGUUCUUCUGCCAAGGCUAGCUUGACCAAGGCUACUACCAUUCGCUAAAGGAGUUCUGGCACAGUUCUUGCUUUGAGCUUUGCAUACUUGGAGAUGAUGACAUGGAUGGAUGAGAUCAUGUUCGCUUGCAUGCGAUGAUGAGUGCGCGGACAAAUGUGUCGGAUCAGUGCUUGGAAAUUUUCGUUUUGGCUCGGCCGUGUCGUUGUUCAAUUUUCUUUCGGACUCGCGGAAGGUCAUAGUUGAGAGAAGGCGGUUUCUUUGCUUGUAGUUCACUUGGAAAUGGAACUAUACAAUCACACUCG